ACACCGUCACCGUAUAAUUUCGACUGCUUGCCAUCCUCUUCGCUAUCAUCCGUCGACUUCAACAUUGUUUAUUUCGGUAUAAAAGGUGCUAUCAAGAAAACAGCAGUCGUGGAUACCGCCGGUGAUUAUAACGACUCAGUGCUAGUGCCAUCUUGCCCACCUGCCACACCGCCCUAUCAGCGGCUCACCAAAGCGCUGCAGUGCGACCCAAGAUGCGGACACGAGGUGACCAUCGGCCGACGCAUCGGUCUUUACAGAUUUUGUGGCGACAUUGGGCGUGGCAAUUUUUCCAAAGUGAAAUUAGCUGUACACCAACUAACGCGAGACAAAGUGGCUAUCAAAGUAGUUGACCGUGGUGGUUUGGAUGCGAAAGCUUUGCGUAUGCUCUCCAGUGAAAUUGCCACACUCGAAUGUGUACAUCAUCCCAACAUUUUAAGGCUCUUCGAAGUUGUAGAGACACUGGGACGUGUUUACUUGGUCACCGAGUGGAUACGCGGUGGCGAACUCUACAACCACAUAACCCAGGGUGGUCCGCUGCGAGAGAUACACGCUGCGCCGCUGUACAAGCAGCUGUUGUUAGCCGUAAAACACAUGCACAGCCUGGGCUUUGUACAUCGCGACAUAAAGGCUGAAAAUGUGCUGCUGCUGUCAGAGGAUCGCUUGAAGCUGGCUGAUUUCGGUUUUAGCACACAGCUUAUCAAUGGUGCCAAUCAGAAGCUGGACACAUUUUGUGGCUCACCCCCAUAUGCUGCACCCGAGCUGUUCUCCGAUGAUCAUUAUAUCGGUGCACCAGUAGAUAUAUGGGCGCUGGGGAUUUUACUUUAUUUCAUGGUUGUGGGUAAUAUGCCAUUCCGAGCGCCCACAAUACCCGGUUUGAAGGCGGCAAUAUUGAAAGGUGACUACUUGCUGCCCGGCCAACUGAGUCUGCCAUGCAUAAGACUUAUACAACGCAUUCUUAUCCACAUACCGGCUCGCCGACCCAGCAUUGAGGAAAUGCUCACCAGUCAAUUCGUUUGUUAUCCCAAGCUCAGUGCCGAACUGAUGCAAUAUGAAAUUAAUCUACGCACGAAACCCGUCAAACGCUCUGGUUUCUGGGUACGUUCGAAAUCACGACGCUUACGCAAGUCAUAUUCACUCCGCGAACGUUACAUGGAGGUGACCAACAAACCGCCAAUCAAUAUGAAUACACGUAAAAACGAAGGUGUAUUCGUAGAUAAUUUCCUACAUCCGAUCGAAAUCAAUCGUGAUUUACCCAACGAGCCCAACAAAGAUCCAUCAAAGCCUAAUACACCGAAACGUUCGUUCUUUUGUGGUACACUGAAGAAGAAGGUUAGCCCAAUGGAGAUGGAGAAGGAGCGACAAUUGGCCAAUGGAAAUGGCUGUGAGAAUCGUCAAUGGAAUGCGGAUGUGGCCAUAGAUUGUCCGCUAUUCAAAAAUUACGAUAUUGAAACUGGAGAUUUUAUUAUGCUGCCAACAGAUACGGAUGAUUUAACAUUAGUCAAACCGCUGGAAUAUGAAGCGCGACAGCUACUCGAUGAGCUCGGCGUUACGUCCCAAAUGCUACGUGAGGCUAUGCAAAAUGGACCACGUAGCGAUAUCAUCGGCGCGUAUCGUAUUAUUGUGAAUCGUCUGCAGAAGCAGUCAUGGUUGGCGCGUAAGCAUGUUGAGCUGGCGCUGCAGGAAAUGCCAAAGAUUGAAAAGAAAAUGGAACGUUCAUGUUGUAUACUUUAAGGCGUACGACUUGAACGCUAAGCCGGUAUUUUCACUUUCACACUCUCUCUUUAUCUCGCCCUCUCUAUCUCUCAUGGUACUUGUAUUACUUCCACUGCAAACUACUACUGUGUUACUCACAAAUUUCGUUUUACUAUCUAUCUCUCCCUCUCUAUAUGGCUCUAUAGCUCUAGCUCUAUAUAACACUUAGUAUGCUAAUACAGAGAACUCUGCCUACAUAUUUAAGUAGUUGUAGUCUUAAAUAAAUUCUAGGUAACAAAUGAAGCAUGAAACGGCUGACAUAUGAGACAGGUUAAAUGGAAUAAGCGACAAGUCACAAGUGGCAUAUGACGUGUGACGUGUGACAUGUGACGUGCGACGCAUGACAAGUGACUGUAUGUGUAUUUGUUGUAGAAUGUAUUUACAAUAAAAUUAUGUAAAUGUGUAAGUAGUGGUUUUGAUCUCUGAUCUUGAAGAUAUGUAAUCGUUAGUCGAAUUUCAUAGUUGUAGUAGUAAUAAAAUAAAUAUUUAAUAAAGAAAUAGUCAAAUUAAUAAACAAUUGUUAGCCGAAAUAUGCUCGCUCGAGAUCUAUAGAUAAACUCCCAGAGGCGUAUAUUCAAUAGUAUAAUAAAAAACCACAACAAAAAAUAUUUAAUUAAAAAAUAUAUAUAUAUACAUAUACAAUUACAGAUUUAUCGAUUAUUAGACGCAUACGAGUGUGCUUAAGUUUUGUUAUAUUUUGUAAUUUUCUAAUUUUUAAAAUUUAAUAUUAAACGAUGAGAAGCGAUGUAUUUUAUUU